CCGUCACCAAGGACGCCGCGCUGAAGAACAGAAGAGCCGAUGCGGUCGCGCUCAAUUUAUUAAGUGAAUGUCCUAAAAUGGUGGGACAGAUUCUGUUUUGGUUGUGUCGCGGGGAGGACUUCGACUGUACUCUUCAUUUUUAAUCUGUCUUAAAACAUGGCAGAGCAUUCAAAAGUUCUUCUUCGAAGACCCUUGCCACCAAAGCUGUUGCCAGCACUGACUCCAUCGCCAACCUCUUAUAAUGCACUGCUUGAUCCAGUUACUCAAUCACCAUCCAGAACUGGCGGCACUAAGCACAGUGAAAACCAGCAGUUCAUGUUACCGUGGUAUAAAACAAUACCAAGUCAGAGAAGAAGCUUUCACGUAAAAUCUGUGUGUCCAGAUGUGUUUCCUUGCCGAGCACCUCGAACUAAACCAAGGCUCCAUUUACUGGAUGCAGUAAGGGAUCACCCUCGUUUCAUUUCUUUACCAGAGUUUACACUCAAUGAUUUCCUUGCAGAUAACAUUUCUCACCCAAUAUUUGAAACCUCAGAUCCACGAGAGAUGUUUUUUUCUCGCCAUAACUACCAGAAGCUGAUUAAACUUUUCACAGCUGAACUUCUAAACAGUAGUCAGACUGCAGUUAACAUCAAAGAGUUGGCCAGUGAUUCUAUUCCAGCAGUUUCUUUAAGAAUACCGGAGCGGCAGAUCCUUUAUGAAUUAGCUGCACUAAUUAAAGAACAAAUGAAGAUGCGGAGAGUGGCAAAUGACAUUGUUAAUGAUGAAACCACAAGCUUCCCAGCCAGCCUAGCUAGGGAGCAAACACCUGAGGCUAUAAGUUAUGCUCAGAAACAAAAUAACUCGCUUGAUCAACCAGUUCCAGAUACCAUUCUGAACAGUGCUACAACAAAGUUUUUCCAGGGCACCAGACGUAGUCAAUCCCCAUUCAACUUUAGUGAACAAGGAGGAACAAUCAGCCUAUCAGAACUUGCGAUUUUAGACUCCCUGGUUCAAGGAGGAGUUUCACUUAAUCUUAAAGCCCACUUUAUCUCCAAAGUUCCUGAUCUGAAACCAUUGGCACAGACCUUAAUAUAUCUGAACCUUUCAUUUAAUGACCUAAACUGCUUUCCAACAGAGGUGUACAAUAUUCGAUAUUUAGAAGUCCUUAAAUUGAGAGAUAACCCAAUCAAAGAUAUCCCAGCAGGAAUAAGCAAGCUCAGUAGACUCCGAACCUUCAUCAUUUCCUUUUGCUUGUUACAAGCUCUUCCUUCAGAGUUAUUUCUUUUAUCAUAUUUGAGCUUUCUGGAUGUCUCCUACAACAUGAUUUCCAUCUUACCAAAUAAUAUUAGGAACCUCAGGUUUCUGGAGUUUUUAAAUGUCGAAGGCAAUGAGUUGGGGGCAUUACCUUGUGGAGCACUGAAACUUCAGCUGAAGCAGCUCCGAAUUUCCAAUAAUUAUAUGCACCACUAUUUCUGGGAGGAAUAUAGUAAGAACCAACCUCAAAGACUCUGUGACCUGGCAGCCAUGAUGUUAUCUAAGAGUAGAAAGUACUCUAGCAGCAAAUUACCCAGUGACAUCAAGCAGAUAUUAAGCAAUGCCAGUUCCUGUGAUUGCUGCAAAGGGCCCCUGUAUGGCGCAGGACUUCAUCUCAUUAGACCUUGCGAGAAGAUUUUUGGAAUACGCAGGCUUCCUUUUAUGUUCCAGUGUUGUUCUCCAACAUGCUACGCCCAGCUUAAAGGAGAAAGUGAAAAUCUGCAAAAGUUUCUUGAAUAACCACUAGGGUCUCAUUCGAUAAACCAUCCCUGAUAAAGUCAUUUAUGUUCAAACUUAGCUUUUUAUUUCCUUCAUUUGACUCAGUGCUGUCACAAUUAAAUCAGAAUUUGAGGAUUUUAAAGAGAAAGGGAUAACAGAAGUUCUUGGUCGGCGUUAGACACACUAAUAUAACUGCAGCAACAUAAAUAGUGUCAUUUUUUUCUAUUUGCAAAACAAGAAAACGUAUUCUAUCAUGUGUGCCAUAAUGCCAAAUAUAGGUUUUUUAUUUUAUUCAACUCAGACAGCAUAACUGAACUAAUGGCAGAUUAACAUGGCACACAUAUUUAAGCGCUGCUACACAUUACUCAGACUCUCUUGAUUUUUGAGUUUUUUCAUGAGUGAAAUCUCACAUGUGAUGCCUCUUUACAGUAGUUCAUAUGCACAGAGAUGUGUGCUUUGAAUUUACAAAUGCAUCUAUAAGUACACAUACACAAAAAUCCAUGAAUGAUAUAGAAUAUCAAAUCAUUAUUGUCAUAAGUCAUUUCUUUAUUCCAUGAGGUCAGGUUUCUUUGCCCCAUCUUCUCUGUUUAGGUUGCUCUACAACUUGUUCAGAAAAGUACAGUCGCUUAUUAAAUACAUAAGAAUUCAUAGCAAACCUUUGUUCUCAGCUGAGCUGUAAGCCACAUGCACCCCGUAGGAAGUCCGAGUUGUUCAGCAUUGCAUCACAAGGGAGACGAGGCAUACCGAUAACCAUCUGGUGAACUGAGCUCAAACAAAAGCUCAGGCCAGCUUCAGGAAUGUUUCUGGAAUAGCUGGAAGGGUGGUAAAUGUCUAUAUAUAGAUGAGUAUUUGUACAGUAUGUAAAUAUUACAUGGUUAAUCUGUGUUUUAUAUCAUGCUAUGGAGUGCUUUACUUCAAAAAAUGUACAUGAUUGAUCAAGCACAUGCACAUUAAAUCUGUUUCAGGGCUGCAGGGUAAUCGUAUUCAAUGAAGUGGCUACAGGAUAACGGUCUAUCUAUGGUGCAAGUCAGGAACCAUUCCUCAAAGGGGGAGUAGAGUCCUGAACAAUGUUCCACUCACAUGGGGACAUUUUAGAGCUGACCAUUGAUCUAACACACAUCUUGGGGAUG